AUGGACGCGCCCCUGCCUCCGCCCGCUUACGCCGACGGCGAGCAGACGGACUUCGUCCUCAUCGAGAAAUUCGGCUACGUCGCCGACCGCGAAGACGCCACCACCGCCACCUGCCUCCUGCAGGGUCCCGACCUCAAGGGCAGCAUCAAGGUCACAUUCUGCGCCGCCUGCCCGCCGCGCGUCUCCUACUUCUGCGUCCACGCCACCGAGUACGACCGCGCCGACUUGGACCUCGGCCCGGCCAUCCUCGCCACGGAGGGCCCUCUCGUCCUCCUCAGCGCCAUGCUGCCCAGUCCAUCCGACAUGUUCCAUCCCGUGACGAAACAGUAUUUCGUCUACCACGCCGGCACCGACGACACCGACGGGGAGGGGAAGAAGGCGAGCCGCCCGUCACUCAAGCACCUCCCUAACCCUGGCCGCUACCACGAAUUCGAGGAAGCCUCGGCUACCCUCUUGCGGACCUGCAGCAAGCAUCAUAGCUCCAGCGGCUCCACCCUGCACCCCCAUGGAGCCAACCAGAACGACCACGACUGCGAGGCAUGCGAGUUCGUUAUCGUCGCAAAGCGUUCUGCGCGCGUGAGAAGGACACAGCACGAGCUCUGCCUGUACCACUCGGAGAAGCAGGCCUGGAGCAUCAAGACAGCCAAAGUAUCGGGGGAUGCUCCGUACAAUCACCACUGGACGGACAAAGCAAUUGCCAUUGGAGGGGAUGACGGCGUGGUGGCAUGGGUCAAUCUUGGCCGGGACAUUCUCUUCUGCGACGUGCUCGCCGAGACCCCCACACUCUGCCCCGUCGAGCUGCCGCCGCUGAUCCCGGCAAGCAAGGGAGUUGGGACCGGUGACCCAAGAUGCAGCCGGGACGUCACCAUUGCCGAUGGUUUCAUCCGCUACACCCAGCUGCAGAUCCGGAUCGUUCCGGGCUCGUUCAUGGACGAUGGAGCCGUCACAUUCGAUGGCUGGAAAGCUGCCAAAUGCAGCAUGGCGAUCGACGCCCGCUCGUUGCCUUUGGCCGAGGCGUCUUGGCAGCAGCACACGGGCCUCCUCGAGCUCGAUUCCUCGCAGAUUUCCAUGUUGCUGCCGAGUCUUGUGGUCGAUGAGGGUAGCACCAUAGCGUUCGAGAGACUGCACGUUGGCCUGCCCACCCUGAGCCUGCUAGAUGACGACAUUGUUUAUUUCCUCGCCAAGAUCGACUACCGGGACGUGGAACACACAGCAUAUGUGCUUGCUCUUGACUUGAGAAACAAGACGAUGAAGAGCGUUGCUGAGUUUGGAGCCAAAAACACAAUUGGUUUGGGCCAGGCGUUUAUUGCAAGUACCAUCUCCAAAUAUAUCUCAAAGUUGCUCCAGGGUAAUUGA